CACUACUUGAAUAUAUAUUUAUAAGUGUCGCACUUUAACCGCCGAAUCGAUUUUCUCUAUUUUUGGCAAGACUUUUUUCCUUUAAAGAAUGAUUUCUUUUUGAAUAACAAAAAACUUGUAAACAAAUUUUGGGCUUUGACAUUUAACCUUUGUUUUUGUUUUGCUUAGAUGAUUUCAUAAAUUUGUUUUGUCGAAUUUCAUUAGCCAGUUUCUUUAUGACGAUCUUUCUUCGACAUAAUAGGGUUGUCUCUUUCUAACUAGAUGAUAAUUGUCGAGUGGAAAGCGUACGACUGAAUGAUGACAGGUUAAGCGCUCAAAAUGGUUGGUCGGUUGCCGAGUUUUGUUCGUUGUCUAUGUUGGACGGUUCGAGUCGAUUGCCAACCAAGACAAAAUAUUCAUCUACAACUUUUAUAGUUUGUAAUAAACAAAAGUCGAAAACCAGAGUUUAGCUAAAAACAAAUGUUCGCGAAAAAUAAUUAAAUAUUAUAUAUUCUGAAAGUUGCAGUAAUAUUUGAGCCAAUUACAUUUUUCGAUUUUCAUUCGUGACUGAAGCAGAGCUUUGCGAACUGGUACCGAAGCGGAAUAAUAUACUUGUACUAUAAUGUCGGCGGGUUUAAGUCCAAUUAAUUGUGAUCUACGGUCAUAUUCUCGACUUUGGCUUGGAGAGUUCAUCGAACUUUAUCAACAGGAGGAAUGCUUAUGGCAUCCAAAGCAUCCAGACUACAGUAACCACAGCGUUCGCAAUAAGGCUUAUGACCGACUCGUAGAAAAACUAAAAGAAGUUGAACCGAAUCCCGACCGUGCUAUGGUGGUGCGCAAAAUAAAUUCUUUACGCUCGGCUUUUCGACGAGAGUUUCGUAAAUUUAAUGCAAAGAGUAAUUAUGAAACGCGGUUAUGGUAUUACGACAAGCUACUUUUCAUCGCCGAGCAGAAUCCAAAACGCCUUGUAGGGUUGCGUGAUGCUAAAACACAAAAACGUUCAUUAGCUCUUCAUUUUGACGUAGAGGAUUCUAUGGAAUUCCAGGAAGAACAAUCAGCUGAAGUUGAAGCAGUGACACCAGCAGAAAGUACCAAUCAUAAUCAACCGGCUGAAAUUAAGACUGUAACUGUUUCAUCUGGUGAGUGUGUAAUUGUGAAGGAUGAAGAACAACUUCAGCAUCAACAUCAACACCCACAUCAUCAUCAAGUUUCACAUCAACAUGAGCAUCCGAAUGAAUUGCAGCAACAGCAACAUAACACCGAACAACAUCUCCAACAUACGACAACCACAACGCAACCCCAACAUGCAACUGAAGUCAAAGUAUUGGAAAUAACGUCUUUGGAUACAAAUUCGCAGCGCGAAAUACAACAGGCUGUUAGUUCCUUGGAACAACAUCAGCAGCAGAUGCUUCAGCAACAGCACCAACAUCAACAAUCUCAGGCCGUUCCACCACAAAUCACACAACUACACCAGCAAGUACCAACUAUACAAAUAGCACGAGAACACCUGCAACCGUUAUUUGGAAAUUCAUACACCACCACUGCAACUCAUCGCCAGGAUGACGAAUAUGAUGCAAUCGGUAUAAAUGUAGCGUCAAAGCUACGAGUUAUGAACCCAACACAACGCAUUAUAGCUGAAAAGCUUAUAAGCGACGUCCUCUUCAAUGGUCAACUGGACAAUCUCAGCGUCAAUUCGACAUUGGCACAAUGAGAAAUGGAUUAUU